AUGGGUACUCGUGAGCCUUGCCCCACAUUGGCCAGAAUGGCACAGGAGCCACAAGAGUACAUCCAGCAGAAGGUGAACCCGAUUCUUGAGAAUUUGGUCACACAGCUGCUGCUGGAACGGCCUGAGCAGCUUGCUCCCUUCAUGAUCAAGUGGCUCUCGCAAAAUUCUAAGACGCCAGCUGCAGCUGCGCUCACGGAGGGCGUCAAUGUGUUAAGCGAGCUGAAGCUGGAAAUGGAGAAGUUGCAGGAAGAGGUGCGUGAGCUGGAGGCCCAGGUGGAGGCACAGCGUGGCGACAGGGGGCAGGCGGUCGAUGCGGCCGGUAGUUCUCAGGGCCAAAGCGAAGAAGCGAAGGAGAAGGAGCCGGAGGAGCCGGAGGAGCCGGAGGUGGAGGCAGGAAAGGAGCCGCGAGAGGAGCCGGCUGCUGGGGCGGAGGCAGAUGCGGAGGAUCCGGAGCCGGAGGCCACGAAACCGAAGGAGGCCAGCAGCGUCCAUGACCUUGUGCUUAAUUGCCACUUCACAUGCUGGCUGCCGGACAGCCACGAACCACAAGGACGGUGCAGCAACGCCGUGGGAUGUCUAGCGUCGGGGAUUUGGUUGCAGUUGCCCGUGGCUUCUGCAUGCUCCCGCUGUGUCGUGGUGUAUGUUUUCGUUUUCGACAGAUCGCUGGAGCGAGUAUCGUGGGAAAUGGAUCUCGAAGGCAACGACAUCCCAGCAGAGGCAGGACCGACUCAGCAAGCCACGCCCAGCUUCGAGGCGGAGGCCAGCACGCGGCCGAGAGCCGCUUUGCAAGCCCAGGAUGCCCCAGAUGCCGGCAGGGCAUUUCAGGCCUUGUCAACCUCGAUGGCCUCCCCCAAGUUUAGCUUCGGUUCGCGAGCAAAGGGAAGCCAAAGCAGGCCUAAAGCUCCAGGUCCUGGAAGCUACAUGGAUCCAAGCGCGGAUCUGAAUUCCAGGCACAAGAGGCUACCUCGAUUUGGGUUCGGGACGGACUCCAGAUUGGUGAAGCUGGUGAAUCGCACUCCUGGUCCCGGCUCCUACUCGGUUACAAUGGUCCUUGGAAGCGAUGCCACCAAAAUCUCGUGCACACCCAGACGAGAGGUGAAGCAGACGAAGCCUCGCCAAAAGGCCAGGAAUUUGGGGGAGCUUCCAGUGCAUGAGGCAAGACGUCCGUCCGAAAGCAUUCUGCAGUACCUUGUCCUUAUCCUUCUUGCAGGCUGCUGGCAUACCAAGGGGUGGAACAGGUUAUAUUACCGGAUACAUCAUAAGACAUAA